AGCGCAUAGAAUACGCAAAACGACUAUACAAUCCCAAAAAAAAAUCCAGAGAUUCAAAACAGAAGUGCAGAACCAAACAAACGAAAAGAAAAUUGGAUAAUCUUGCACAGAUUAAUUGGCCCAGAAAGUGUCUCAAAUUGUCAUUUUCUUUUUUUUUCAAGUUCAGUUCUGUGUUAAAAAGUGCGAAUUAAAAUCUGUUAAAAACAUCGAAAAAUCCGAUAAGGACAUAUUUCUACCGAUAGCCAAUGUAAAUGUCCUGUUUGUAUAUAUAUUUAUACUCGUAUAAAGUAUAUAGAAAACCGAUGUGGAGACAAUAACAACGAACUUUUGCAGUUUAUUGACAGCAGCAACAGCCACAAAAACCAGAUUGAAAGCAAACAACAAACAACAACUUGAAAUCCCCCGAAAUGGGCAAUGCGGGCUAUACAUGCAUACGCCGCACCUUCUGCUGGCUCAACAUCAUUCUAUGGCUAUGUAGCUGUGCAUUUUUAGGAGCCGGACUGUGGCUGCGAUUGAGCUACGAGGGCUACGCCACUUUGCUGCCCCAACACGCCGGCUUAAGUGCGGACACCAUCUUCAUGGGCAUCGGGGGCACUGGAUUCGUGGUCAGCUUCUUUGGCUGCUGUGGCGCCUGGGUGCAAUCUCGCUGUCUUCUCGUAUUGUACUUUAUGCUUAUUGUGAUGCUGUUCAUGAGCGAGUUCCUGGUAGGUUCGAUCGCCUUUCUCUUCCGCGGUGGACUGGGACGAACUUUGGCCAACGAACUGCGCUUCGGGAUCGAGAAGCACUACAACACCAGCGAUCGGGGAUCUCUGGUUGCACCUUCGGUGGCCUCUAUUUGGGACAGUGUACAGCAUUCGUUUGAGUGCUGUGGUGUCUCCUCGUAUGAGGAUUGGUACGAUAUCCAGUCGUGGCCGGGAAAGCGCUGGGUGCCCGAAUCAUGCUGCAGGACUCUCUACGACCAACGACAGGUGCUCAUCGAGGGAUCCGGUGACGGAAUGAUGCGCCCCGACUGCGGCAGAUCUGAAAAUCCGUCUCUGUGGUGGGACAAGGGCUGUGCCCAUUCGCUGCAGAGCUGGUUCACCGGACAGCUGAACGUUGUGGGUGCCGUGGGGCUGGGUAUCGCCUUUGUCCAACUGUUUGGGCUGAUCACCUCGAUGCUGCUCUUCUGCACGGUAAAACACAAGCGGGCCUCGGACACCUACAAGUCGUACUCCCCGUCAAUAGAUCCCCAGACCCGCACUAGCAGUUGGGAGGAUUGAACGCGACUGUAACGGCGCUCGGCGAAUUUCUAAAUUGGGGGCUUGCAAUCACCCUCAAACCCUGUCGCUAUCUCUAUUAUAUUUGUUAACUCUCUUUUAGUUGAUAAUUCAUUCUGCGAAAUGUGCCAAAAAUUAAUUUAAUUCAAAGGGUAUUUUUUUUGUUUUUUUGUUGUAAUCUGUAGGCGAAGACAUAUCGAACAAAAUUUAAGGCGUUAAGACCAAUCACUAUAUGGAGUGUGAAAAGAAUGGGUUAAUGCUCCCAGUGAAACAAUCAAAUAUUUGCAAAGUUAUUUAGUUAGCGGUGUAUCCAUAUUGUGAUGUGCUCUCUAGUAGUAUAGUAGAUGGCCCAACAGACCCGGAACACACAUAAAACGGGGUACAGUGCGUUUCAUAGCUAUUCGGAAAGCACUGCACUUAAAACGAAACAGCUUGUGUGAAACGGGCUUAGGACCUAAUUAUGCUCCGAAACCCUUAACUAAAUCAAUAUAUCAACUAUAUAUUUAUAUAAACAAUUAUACUUAUGAUUAUUUUAUGGAACUUUGUAGUAUUCGAAAUAGCAGAAACCGCAACUGCCCGCAAAGCAAAAACAAAAUACCCACAAGAUGAGAGGGACCUAAUAGUUAAAGCAAAUAUUAUUACUACUAUGAGUAUGAUUAUUUUAUUUAUAUAUACAUAUAUUUAUAUAUCGAAAUACAUUCCUACACAACAUGUUCGUGUUAAGUUACAAAUAAAUUAAACUAUUUAUUUAAA